CCUCACCUUCCCUUCCUUACUUUCCCCUAAGAUCUCUCUCUACUUUAUCUCUCUACAUACCAUACACUCUCUCCUAUAUUGUACUAAUUUGGGUGUCGAAGCGUAGAUCCCGAGGGCCGCCCCCCGCUUCACAGGUUCUUCCACUCCUGAAGAAGUUGGACGAGUGAGUCAAAAUCAGAGUCUCAUAAUUACUAUGUUAGCCUUGGAAAUUUUCCGGGUGCAAACACUGUCCAUAACCGUAAUACCAAAAAAAGGUGUUGGAAAUUUUACGGAUUCUUCCCGGGCUUAUUCUAGUGCUCCCAACGAAUUUAACCCAAAGUCCAUCUUCAAUUACGGCCCAGUCUAUGGUUCUAGAAGCCCAAAGAAUACAUCUGCUACUACUUGAACUGAUUAGAUAAUGCGACGGCGUUCCAAAGAAAACACGCCGGCUAGAGAGAGCUGGAGAGUUUCGUCGGCUCAGCUACGGGAAACUCCCUGGCGCACCUCAUCCACAGGACCGCAGCGACGGAAAUUGACGAAAGAGACGACCGCAGAAUCCCGACGUGAUAAGCGAAAUCCAGGCAGCUGUUCAGGUUUUGCUACUGCCUGCGAUCUCUCGAAUGUAAGAGAGGAGGAGGAAAGUGGAAAAUAACGUUCCAGCAUUGCCGCGGAAUUAUUUUGGAUUUCGGGUUUCUGUUUGUGAUACCGGUACGUUUAAGCUGCUUCUUUCGAUUGGCACAAGAAUCUGUUACCGCAUCGAUUUCGAUAAUGGCGUUGCAACUGAGUCCUUUCAUUAGAUUGGAAUCAACUGUUAAUGGUCGGUUUGGAGAAUCUGUGUUGAUUUCAGUUCAAAAUCUUGGGAAGUUGAGGAUUGUGGAGGUAGCUGCGGUUAGGCUUUGAUUCUUUGUGUUCCUGUUCGGCUCCCUACCUCUUGGAAUUUCUACAAUAACAGUGAUUUUCUGUUGAACUGAAGUCUGAGAGGGAUGGAAAUUGUAGUUUUCCUAGUCUUUUCUCUGAAUGAUAGGUAUAUAGGAAGUAGCCUUGCCGCAUAGUUGGAUUGGAUCGAGCUUCAGCUGCCGGUUUGUGUUUUCGUAAGACUGCAGUCUGCAAAGCUGCUCAUUUGAUUGUUAUUUCCAACUUGUUCAUAUGCCUUGCUCUGGCUCAAGAAAUCUAUAUUUGCUUGCAAUGUAUUUAAGGGGAUGAGGUGGAGUUCCCGAAUAGUGUUUCUCAUUGUCUUCUUUCUGGAUGGAAUGGGUUACUCUUGUCUUCCAGGGAGGUUAAAAGUGGUUAAGCAUGAGUUCCCAUGUGGAUGCUUUGCACGAUGCUAAUCUAGCUUCAACUUCGGAGCCAAAACCUGAAGAAAGUGGCGUGGAAGCUCGGGUAGGAGCUCUAUGGGAGCAAAUGAAUAAGGGUUUCAGUAGGAACGCUAAGCUUGAAUCAAAGAAGCGUACUCAUCUGGACGUGAGAACUUCCUCACAGAAGCCAAAUUAUAAUUGGAUGACUUAUCUAGGUCUAACACCAAAGACAAAUGGAUCCCCUGCAAAUGAUGCAGAACAGAAGGGGUCACAGGAGCAAAUGAAUAAGGGAAUAUCUAGUAAGGAAAUCGAAUCAUCUCAAAACAAGUCUAGUACAAGUGUGGAUCAAACUUCACAAAAGAAGUCUGAUAGCUGGAAUAAUUAUCUUGGCUUGGAAACAAAGCACGGGGCACAAUCAUCAGAUAAUGAGGCAUCAUCACAGGAGAAGCCUAAUGGUUUACAUACAAGCACGAGUGAGGAGUCCAAGAAGCUUGCUGCUGCUGCUCUCUCUGCAGUUAAGGAUGCUGCAGCUGCUGCCGCAUUGAAGGGAAAAGUUGAGAUAAUGGAGGUUCGGGAUUUUGCUGGUCGGGAUAUCGAGGUGAAGAAGCUAGUUGAUGCGGAGUCAAAAGAGGCAGCCGAAAAGGGGAAAGCAGCUGCAGCACACUCGGCUGUGGAUGCUGUGCUUGAACAAAUCAAGAAGAAACAAAAGCUGAGUGUGCUGGACAAGACAAAGAAAGACUGGGGAGAGUUCAAGGAGGAGAAUAAGGGGCUUGAAGACGAGUUAGAAACGUACAAGAAGAGCUCAAACCAGUAUUUGGAUAAAGUUUCGUUCUUGCAACGAACGGACUAUAGGGAGUUCGAGAGGGAGAGGGAUGCCAGGCUGGCGAUGCAAGCCAGGAGACGAACUGAUAUGCGCGAGGAUUAAUGGAUGGAAGAGCAGAGGUUAGAAUGGAGAAAGAGAGAGAGACCCUCCUGUGGGUUAAUUUAUUUUUCAUUCUUGGUAAAGGGCUUUGAUUUCUGAUCAAGGAUGGCUUCUUCAAGUCAUUGUUUGAUGCUGAAUCAAGAGAAAUGAGAGGAGCUGCUGGCUUCUGCUGCAAUCCGGAAAACGGGAGUAAGAAACAGGAGCUGCUAGCUGCAGCUUUUGCCGGGGGGCUCCAUAAUUGUAUGAAUGGAGUGGAGGGAAACUCAUCAUUUUUUCAGGAGUUAUAUUGAUCGAUUUGUGUAUGCAUUGGGAGGUUGCCGAGUGUUUCUGUAGGGAUAUUGCCAUCUCUGUUUACAUUUUUUUCCCCUUUACCAUUAAUUUAAUUUAAUCAUAUCCUUGUCAUUUCGAAACCCAGCUCAAACCAGCCCAUCGAAGCUACAUUUCUCAAGCUCUGUCUAGCAGAGGCUGGUCUUUGUUGCUGAGCCACAAGCUGAGAGCCAAGAGGAUAUCCUUGAAACCACAGUUCGUCGUUAGCAUUUUGCAGAAUCAGGACAACCCAAGGAUUGCUUUGAAAUUCUACAUUUGGAUCUGUAGCGUCUACCCGGUUUUCUCCAAGGAUCAAUCGGUUAGAACAACUUUAGCUAACUUUAUUUUAUUUAUCGGAAGGGUCCCGUUCUUUUAUCAGUUGAGUUACUUAGCGGUAAGGACUCUGGGUUUCAUGUUAAUGAAGAUUUGAUCUGUAUUCUGUUGUCCAGCUGGGGCAGAUUAGGAUUGGUGAAGUACUGCAGUGAAAUAUUUGGACAGAUUUCCUUUGUCAGCAUUAGUCCUACCACGAAGUUCCAGCAAAUGGGUUCUGAUAAUUGGGAUAGGUUUACUUAUAACAUUAUCAUCCACUGAGUUUCUCGAGCUGUGGUGAAGGACGAGGCAAUCCAGCUAGUCAAGCAGAUGGAGGAUUUGGGUUAUUGCCCUAAUGUGUUCAACUACACAGUCUUGGUUGAUGGAUUCUGCAAUGCCAAGAGGGUUGAAUUGAUGAAGCAUUCCGUGUUUUGGAAGGCUCGAAAUUUUCACCCUAAUGAAGUUACUACUAGAUUGCUGGUUCACGGCUUGUUUCGUUGCCUUCCCCUGGUCACGUCUUUUGUAAUUUGGUUUCGACGGAAGGAACAUAACCUUAAGAAAGCAAUAUGAACCUU